AUACCCGGGCCCGGCGCGCGAGUUUCUCAGUCCGCGUUUUGAUUGGGCCACGCGCCGGCCGCUCCUGGCCGAAGUUGCCGUUUGUGCGCUCCCGCCGUCGUGGUGACUGCGUUGCGCCUCCGCCGCCGCUAACGACGCAAGCCCUGGGCUCGACAAACUUUGUUAACCGCUUCUCGCAGUGGUGGCGUUUCACCCUGUCCUGUGUCCUCUUCCUGUCCACGGACGUGGUCAGACGUUAUUUGUACCGGCAUAACUGCGCCGUGCGACGGACUCGAAGAAAAGCUUCGGCGGGACGUUUUGCCUCUCUUCCUUGUUGCCGCAGUUCUGCGCACCGUCUUGAGCCUGAAAUUCCCCGUCGGAAGAGGGCAUCGACGUGAGCCUGGACUGUUCUUUGGUGCGGCUAAUCGUAUUUGAGAUAUACGGAAGUUGCCUGCGAACUGUGCCAACCAACGAACUUGAAUCUCCUAAGGGGAGACAAUUCCAUUCUCUCGUUCCUGCAGUUUGGCGGACUUUUUCUUUUUUUCCCUCUAGGACCGUUUUCCAGGUGCUCUUGGCGUGACCCGAAUAAGUUUUUUUUGCUCUCGUCUUCAGUGGAGUGCCGUUAUACCGGAACAUCAUUGGGUGGACGGUUUAGAAGCGUGGUCGUUGGAAAUUUUGCCGAGACUUUGUGCGUGUGUGGUUGAUCGGUUAGGCCAUGCAUCCGUCGGUGUCGCUGGCGGAUGCGAACACUUCGUCGACGAUUGCGACGACUGUGGAUGACCAUGAGCGCUGUAGAGACUCGUACAGAGACGUCGUCAGCGCCGGAGCAGGAGCCUCCGGUGCACAGGCGCUGGUGUCUUCAAGUGUUUCCGCUGCUGUGACGUCGUCCGCUCCGCGCUGCCCUCCCGUGUGGGACUCGAUUCACUGCUGGCCGCCCGUGGAAGCCGGCAAGAUCCUCACGCUGCCCUGCCGGGAAGUGUUCGGCCGGCUCAACUACACGCAGCACGACGUCCGCUGGGGAGCCGAAGCUCAUCGAGAAUGCGGAAGCAACGGCACCUGGCUGCACGGAAACUGGACCAACUACACCGAGUGCUUGGAGCUGCUGCCCCAGUCGGGGCCCAGCAACAUUCCUGCCAUUGCGAGCUACAUUCUUCUCGUCUUCUCGCUUGUCAGCCUGGUGGCGCUGUGUGUGACACUGUUCAUCUUCACGUACUUCAAGUCACUGCAGUGUUCCAGGCUGCGGGUGCACAAGAACCUAGUGGCGUCCUUGAUCGUACACUCGAUCUUGUUGGCGGUCAUCUCGUUUCCCAACGUCUUAGGACCACAUUGGACGACAUACAAUGACGUGGACUGGCUGUGCAAGAGCGUGCUGUCGCUGAAGCUCUACGCGGCCAUGGCGUCCAUCAACUGGAUGUUUGUCGAGGGUCUUCUGCUUCACUCUCGCAUCGCCGUGUCGGUGUUCCAGCAGGAUGCACCCUUCAAGCUCUACUACGUAAUCGGAUGGGGCCUGCCAUCCCUGUGCGUUCUAGCCUGGAGCUUGGUGAUGGAGUCACGCAUGCGCAGUCACUGUUGGCGUGGCUACGGCAACUCGGUCUUCGUCUGGAUCAUCAGCGGACCCAUGAUGGUCGCUCUCCUGGUGAACACGGUGUUUCUGAUAAACAUCAUCCGCAUUCUACUCACCAAGCUCCAGUCAAACACCUCCAUCGAAACAAUGCAACUGAGAAAGGUGUCCAAGGCGACAGCCCUGCUGUUCCCUUUGCUGGGCAUCACGCACCUCUUCUUCUGCAUCAACCCUCGUGAUGACGCCCACUUCGAGAGCGCCUACGUCAUCUGCAACGCACUGCUCCAGUCGUCGCAGGGUCUCUCCGUCUCGAUCCUCUACUGCUUCGUCAACUCGGAGGUGCAGACUGCGGUGCGCAACGCAUACAUGCAGGCGAUGAUCAGGCGCAACCCGAACCGCUACUCUCGCGGCCGCGGCCUGUCGCAGAGCUACUCGACCUACUGCGAGGCCAGCUCGCUGGCGCCAGACCUGCACCCGCACGUGGCCGGGCACAAGGUGGCUCCCCUGCGCAAGGCGCUGGGACCCGCGCGCCGCUACUCGGAGGUCGAGGUCGAGACGCUGGCGUCCAUCGUGGCACCGCCGCACGCUCAGCCCACCAUCAAGUGGGAGCGCAACUGCUACUUCUGAAGCGACCACCACCAGCCAGACUGAGUCAUUGUCUGUAGAAACCUCAUCCCUCCCGCCGCCAUUGCAAUCAAACCUGGCCGGGAACUUGGUCUGCGCCUCACGAUGUCUUCCCGCUCGCGUCACCGAAAGACCAACUGAAACUCUGUUGCCACCAAACUUAGGCAAGAUCAAGAAAGCUCUUACAGACACGUCUCUGGAGGAACACCGCGAUUGUUCUCUGGAAAUGUGUCUGAAGUGGAGGUUGUGACGUGGGCGGUUCUCGAUGGGGUGCGCCUCGGUUCGUCAUUUACUUAAAACUGUUCAGCGCGCAUGUACACGUGGUGAUUGCCUCAUGAUUCUCGUGUCACAUCACCACAAGAUCAGUGAAAUAUUCAUUGUUCUUGGCGCCAAAGGAGAGAAAAGAACUUUGCGGACAUGUCGUCGGAGAAGCGUAUGUUUUUCUCACCAAAUCUGUUUGGAACAAUGUGUGAUGUAGAUGGCUUGUGGUGCAUACCUUUUCGGGACCCUUUUUCGGGUCAUGCGAACCUGCAGGGUCACAGGACUCACUAGACUCUCUCGUAUUAAACGACAGAGAUAUGAUGGCCACACACUUCUAUAUGGAAAGCUACUAUGGAAACGUUCUCGGGAGGACGCUUGUAUUUUUCUCUGAAUGUGUGCUUAGUAGUGAUUGUGUAAGAACUCAACCAGUGCGAACAGCACGUUGUCAAAGCAGCCUCUUUAACUCUGGCAUGGACAACGGUUCUUCCUUGAAAUGACGUCGAGCAAAGGUGUGCAUGUGUAUACCUCUAACCCCAUAAGUUUUCGUAGCACGGUAUCCCAGAAAAAAAAAAAAAUUCGUGGUAAUCUUAUGCCCGCCUUCAAAACGGGAGGUGCAGUGCAUAAUUCUCCUCACAAUAAUCACACCGCUCACCUAAGAUUUAUUUAUUUAUUUAUUUCAAAAAAUCUAAGCUUCGUUGCAAGAAAUUCGAGAAAAUUAAACUUUUUCGCCGAUUCCGUGCUCCGAAAAGUUUCGCGGUUGGCUUUACGUCCUCCUGUACGAGACAAGCUUUGCGCAAUGGCAUUCGCGCGAUGCGGUGGCCACCUGUGCGAGUGGCAAUCAUCGGAGCGGAGACAGAUUCAUUCUACUGUCUAGAUGUAUCGUAGAACACAAAGGAAGCGUUGUGGUAAUAAUAGUGUCAUCCAUGACCAGUGUUCCCUAGAAACAUCAUGUUCCUUUGGUCGGUUAUUGAUGACAGGGCGUCAGGUAGUCGCAAAAACCUGUUGCAUCUUACGGAACACAGCGUCCCACUCACAUGGAGGAAACGUUCUCAGGAAACCUUCUUGCUUCAGAUGGUUUCACGCUGCGUAGCCCGACUAUACACAGUAUACCCUGUACACCCUCCUUUAGAAGCUAUCUUGAACUGUGGAUUUGUCACGUAGAAAUUCUGUCGCCCUACUCUUCAAACAUGUUCCUUGACGCACAAGCCUGAUUUCUCUCACGUGUUCUAUAGCGCAUUUAACAUUAUGGAACUUUGAUUUACUGAAUUAUAUUUGUCUAAUUUCUUUAACCAGCUACGUACAAACCUUUAAUGACUAAAUGAGUGUCCAAAUUCACAGGAAGUGCAGAUGCAGUGUUAAACAUAUGUCACAUAAUGAGCGCAACUCGAUGUCCCUGUCGAUGCCUGAGAGAGGAGUGUGUAGUUACUGAAAUUUCUGCUCAAUUGGUUUUGCUUGUGUGUCAUCUCUUGGUGAGGUACGCUAUAUCGCGCUCAGCAUGCAGCUACAACGCACGACCGCUUUGCCACGCGCUUUCGCCUUAUAGCUCAUACUGAGCGCGUUAGUACCAUGACAGCAUGAAGUGUCUGCGAAUCCAACAUGUCACAAGUAAGCUUUCCAAGCAGUUCCCUUGGGAUGAGUGUAACGAAUCGCUUGCUCCACCGCGCAAGGCAGCCACCUCAAAAGAAAUACUCGCGAGUGUUUAUAGACCUUUGUAUUUGUCUGUCCGAAAAUGUUAUUGUGUCGUACCUAAUGCGACCGCCAAAAUACAAUAUAGGCUUCGAUUGCACUACAUUUUUUUUAAAAUCCCAUGCUCCAUUAUAUUACGUCCCUUCUGCGCAUUUAGCCUUGGAGCUGUUUCGCUGACGCUCGCAUGCUGAUAGCCACUCGCAUUCGGGGUUACGAUUGCGUAUUCCACUCUUCCAAUUCUGACUUUAGAGGAGCCUGCAGGACUGUGUUAUUUUUUCGGUACUGUUUCCCGUAUGGGAAGGAAGGGGCAGGGGAGGGCGAGGCUAGGUCAAUCUUACACAUUUUCUUCCCCUGUUUUAGUGAGGCAGGUUAUAGAACGUAUGUACGAGAUAAAGAAUUCCACAUUUACGCCGGGCGAGCAGGCGCUACCAGUAUCGACUUUGCGCAGAGAGCUUCGCGCUGCUCGGCGGGGUGAUCGCAAUCUGCAGCCGAACCCUCCAGAAAAGCUCCGCUCAAGUGACGACGACCCACCGCCUGCAUCUAACGGCAGGUCGAUCAAUUCACGGCCACGUUCCGACAGCCCACGGCGAACGUGCGUUCGCAACAGGGCACCGUUUAACGCUGCUGCUUACCUAUAACGAGUCACGCUCACUCUGACACCCCGAGUGGACCCGGUGGGCUCUCACCUCAACCGGCUAAAAGCAGUCGACGUUCAUUAAUGUCCGUGAGGGUCGACUCAAACAAUGUAGGAAGCGCGCAACCUCUCUGACGUCAGAGUAGCGAGUUUUCGAUUGGCCGACUGGCACUCUUUGCGUAAUAGAACGUGCAGUUAAUUGGUACUUACACAAAAAAAAAAGAAAUCCGGACUUUUUUUAUCAUUGUCCUGCGACUGACUGGCACAUCGAUAUUGUGCCGUGUGUCGUCUGCUUCGCGUCUAUUCUUCAAACUCCUCAAAGGCAACGACCACGUGCGCUGCUUUGUUUACACGGCACCAAGCGUCGCGUGUCUGUGUAGCACGUUGCUUCCCGAGCACCUGCGGCAUCUUUCGUGGACGGCAUUUUCUAUCCAGAGGCUUAUCCACGCGAGGGUUAUGGGUGCAUUCGCUCCGUUCCCAGCUGCGGUGUCUUAAUGCGCAAGCAACGGACGAAGCUAGAGAAGGUCACCGACUGGUCCUUACUCUCAUUUACCUCCAAAUGCCACACCACGCUCUCUGCCCGUCUUUAGAUGUUGAGCGACAACGGGCGUUGCACAACGUCCACUGUGUGCGUGAUCCCUCAAUGAUCCCUGGCUGCUUCUCACGCUUCAUGGCAACUGCAGCUCAUGUAACCGUAAAGUUUACCGGGAAACGAUGGCGGCGAACGCUGUGCACGAAGGCGAGCUUUCUGGUAGAAACGUAGCCUCUCGCAUGGGUCGCGAGGCGCGGAGGUGAGCGCCAUCUGGAGGUGUUGCAAAGAACCGGCCGCGCCGCUCUAUGAAUGAUGGAAACGCUGGAAAAUGGUUUUGUGUUUGAGUUUCCGCAUGAGAGAAUUAUGCUUUCGUGUAUAUUCAAAUUACAAUCCGACGCUAUCAUGUCUGUAUGUUGUGUGCAAGUGGUACUUUACGAUUUUUCUGACGCAUUUUACUUUGAGAAAUCCAAUUAGUUCAGUAACUUCUUUGCGCUACACGGAGGGCCUGCGGGGUGGGUACGUGUGGUUCGGAAUGAUUACUCGCCAAAAGACGCUCGAUGCUGGACGCAGGAUGCCGAACGCCGACGCCGGAUUUUUUUGCGAUACGGGGCCCUUAACGCUUUCGCGUUGAAAGUACGCAUGUCCUUUUUGCCACACAACGGCAGCCAUGAGCCAUGCCCAGUGAACAAUAUGUAAAUAAUUCGUAACUUGUCUGAACAUCCUCUCCACCCAACUGCUACGCACACGUAAGUGAGAACUAACUCUCUACAGAGCACCAAGUCAAGAUACACAUAACUCAAAGUCAAUCGUAUAAUGCAUGAAAAUGUUGCAGUGUUUUAGAAGUCACCCUGCUCACAUUACCUUAAACGCCCCUACCUUUCUGGUCCUUAUAUUUGUCAUGUAUAAUGAACGUGAGUUACUAGGUUAGGCAUUUUGUCAAUACAUGUUACGUGAAACGUCCCUGGCGUAACACCUAUUCAGUAGACACUCGAGAGGUGCACUGCCGUGAGCAGGUGAGAAAAUAAUAUUUACUGAACAAUUUACUACCCGCCGCACCUAUACCUUCAAACUAAAAUACAACGCCUGUUAUCAGUCUUCUCCUUGCAGAUGGAUACGUGCAGUUAGGCUGCAAAAUAUUGCGCUGAAUGUAAUACUUUUAUUAUUAGCUCUACUUCGAAAAGUCUAGCAAUGUUGUUGUGGAAUAUUUUGUUAAAGCCGGUUUCUGAAAGCCUAACGCAUGCGAAAGUAAGUCUUUUUCGGAAACUCUAAUAUUGGAUUAGCUUUGGCAGCUAAUCGAACCGAAUGAACGCCCAAUCUAGUUAGCGAGAAAGCAAUCUAGUUACGUUCUUUCUUUUUUUCUUCUGAGGGUCUAAGGGGGGAAGUAGGUGAGGAUUUCUUCUGGUCUAUAGUCACUGACUCAUCUUGUUUUUCGCGGGUAAAUCCCGCAACAUAGCGCCAUUAUAGCCUUCAGUGACUCAAAAGUCACAUUCUGCUAAUAGUAGAGCUUUCAUUCCGCUUUGUGGGUCGGCCGUAGGUGAGCGAAACAGGCACCUAAUUUUUAACCAACGCCACCAACUUUACAGAAAAGAGCUUGUUACGUGCUCAACAACCUGACGCUGAUAUAUGACCGAAACAGUCGCAACAAAUGAUCUUGAUUCCCCGACAAUGUCAUUUAUUCAGACACUAUCUCUACGCGGGUAAAAAUUUACAGCUUCUGUAUUUCUGAGCAUUAACUCGGCAGUUUUCUGAUCAGCAGGUUUACCCUGAGCGGACAUUCAAACAAAGAAAGGGCAUAAGGAGGGAUCAUCUGAAAUACGUACACACAAAUACAUUUAUGUAAAUGUGUGCAUGUGAGUGUGUAAGGGGGGGGGGGGGGGGGGUGGCACUCAUUUAUAUAACAGGCAAGUGUUUCUUUAAUAUGGUUGCUUGUAUAAGCCUGCUUUCUCGUCUGUUUCUAAAGGAACGACCUUUCUGUCUGAUUAAGUUGCGUGUAGAAGUAACACACCGAGAGCAAUUGCUUCAGAUUUAGUGCCCAGGCGGUAGUACAGAAGCACGACUACUUGAGUUAAAAGCAAAUCUCCUGCUACUGCUCACUUUUUUUUUUUUUUCAUUUCCGUGCAAACAGCAGAGAGCCACUCCACAGUUCAGGUCGAUGCAGUUCAACGAUCGCAGUACAUUUCUCAAGUGGACAUAACCACUACUCGCAUAAGCUUUACUACUUACGAAAACAGACGUCGUGAGUGGUGCCAAGGCUCGAAUGGUGCCGUUGGGAAACCCGAGGGUUGAAAAUCGUUUUCGUAAUAAGUGCACGGACUAAGAUUGUUGACUAUAGGGAGCUACGGAGGGAGGGGGGGGGGGGGGGGAGUACAAUACCGAGCUUUCCUAAGGAAACUUGAUUGCUCUAUUACGUAAGGUACUUCUUAUUUGCGUAACUCGCAUCGACGACUAGCGUGCAGGAACUUGAGAUGCUGGUGACAGCGGUGAAGGGUCGAAAGAGGUUUUGCGUAAGAACCAACAGUCCCUUCUGUAAACGCGGUAAUUUAAGCCUACCGCUGAGCAAGCUCGCGGCAAAGGUCACUUUCUUCGUUGGGGGCACGCCUAUUGACGAACGUCCGAAGUCGUGGUGUGUUUCAUAUUUCUUUUUCUCGGGUUCUCAGAUUCUUCCCCGAAUCAACGCAAAUGCUCAUUCAUGGAGAAAAAUAAAGGGUAGGGGUAAAGGACGGAAUUGUAAAUUCGAAUGCAUUGGUGCUUUCGUUUUCUUCUAUUAUAUGCUGUCUUACCAAAAAUAAACGAAAGAACGGAUCUUACGAAGUAUUGGUUUUAAAUUCUUUAAAUUCUGCGUCUCCGUCGCUCUCUGUCUCCCUCUUGAUCAUUCGUGUUGUGGAGUGAGAGCACGUCAAAACGGACUAAUCAAAAUAGUUCCACUUCGCUACCCUGUAUCGGUAGGAGAAGAGGUAUGGCAAAUAAUAAGCAAAAGGAGGCCAUCAAGCGCACCCACUGUCAGAAUACGCUGCGCAGUAUUGUAAGCGACUGUCACGCAGGUCCAAAAACACCGGAGAGCGAAGUAGCACACGUGUGCAUUUUUUUCCCUAGAGGGAAACAAAUAUCAGUGAAAAUGUAACCACUAUCGAAAUCCACUUGACAUCAGUAAGCAAUGUCUGCAAGUCGUUUUACGAAUUUGGCAUUUUGCCAAAAGGAAGGGUGGAUUAUCCUUUCGGUGCCGGGCAACGUUCACGCUAUAGAGUUUUCGGCUUCUAUGAAGUUAGAAGAGGCGAGUCAUGUCCGGAAUACCGAAACUGCUUCUCUCUCGUGCUUGAAUUUACACUAGAAUAUCGGGCCUUUCCUCCACUAAUGAAACGCACCCGUAACAGUCACUGACGAGACCCUCGGGAAGCUUCUCAGCUGGCCGACGGGUCUAAUCUCGAGGUUUUCCCUGCGUUAGCAUGCAAUCAAACUGAUAAACAAAGCGUCACUGUUGUCUUUCAAUGCACGUCGCAUGAGCCGCCUUACUUAUAAGUUUUGCGUAUCCUUUCUUUUAUUAGUCAAUCCAGCUAUCACUCACCCUAACGACAGCGUUGUUUUCUAUUAAAAGAACAAGUGCCGCAUUAAGAGCGCAAUCACAGAAUAAAGGCAAGUUUCUUGAAAGAACAAAAUUGUGAGACUUUACGUUCGCUAUUGUCCGCGCGACAAAGACCUUGGCACCUUGUUACGAAGUGCUGUCGUCCCGGCUUUUCGGAACUGUUGGCGCGUGCUCUGAUCAGCUACGAGAAGUUUUGGGCAAAUUAUCGACACGCUGGUCUUGUCGAUAGUGUCUGCCUCUCCAAUGAUCGCGCUCAAGAAAAUAAAGGAAACGAAAAAUGGUGGUGAAGCCUCAUAUAAAGUAGGUUGUUCCAGCCGGCGCGCCAAUGUUCGAUAAAUGCUCGCGCUGACACAGGCUGCACUAUCGAGCCGAACGAAGCCGAGAAAGAUCACUAUUGACCGGUUCCUGUCUUACUUGCGGGCGUUUUGCGAUAGCCUCGCGUUAGAGAUUGAUUUUCUUCAUUACUGAACAUUAGAGGCCGGGGGACAGCUCUCUCAAGGGAAGGGAAGGGCCUGCUCCUUUACAAGACUGAAGGGCGCCUUGGGUGUGCUUCACAGCAAAUGAGCGCCAGGUAAUGGCGUGGUGGAAAGAAAAAAACAAACGGCUUUAGAUAAAAAGUAAUAAAAUAAUAGUAAUAAAGAAGCAACGCUCUAAAUAGCGAUUUGCCAGUAGAAAAGGCUUGGUAUUUUGUGAGCAAGAGCGAGUUCGUAUAGAUUACUCUGUCACACGCAAUGGGCGACUUAGUUUUAACUAUAGAUCGAUUGCACUGGACACGCUCCCUGUUAUUUCGCCAGGGACUCAUGCUAUCCUAUACAAAAUAAGCACCUAAGUUAGUUGUUCUGUACCAUUAAGCGACCGCAAAUGUUCUGCGCAUACGUAAUAAACUAUGAACAGUAAUGCUGCCCAUCCGUUAUGUCCCAUUAGAUUCUGGCCUUUGUCGGUAAAUGUAAAGCGUCUGAGAGCUACACAGUGGCCACUGUCGUUUGUACUAGAGCCGUGCACGCCCACUUGUACGUGUUGAUUUUUUCAGUAAGCACAGUUCUACUUUAUUUCUACUUGUACAAAAAAAAAAAAAAGAUUCUGAGGCUUUAGGUGCGAGAACCACGAUUUCAUUAUGAGGCAUGCCGUAGUGACGAACUCGAGAUUUAUUUUGACCACCUGCGCUUCUCUUAACGUGCACCAAAUUCACGGUACACACAUACGUUCUCGAGUUCCACCCCCCACGGAAAUGUGGCCGCCGAGCCCGGGAUUCGAUCCCGCACCAUCGGGUGUGGCUAGACAGCUGAUUAUAUUCGUUAUCUUCAGAUGAUGUCCACAUUUAUUUUGUGGAUGUUAGCAGAAAUAAGGGAGAAGGAAGUUUCACCGGCAUCACUAUUACUGCCUAGGUAACGGGUGACACCUGUUCAUCAGCCAGCAAAGGGGAAGGAGUAAAGGGUAAAAGAGUGCACGGACAGAAUAGAAGGGAGAGAGAAUAACAAGAAGAAGGCAAAUAAAGAGGAGCUAUUUGCAAUAUUUACAAUAUCUACAAAAGGUUCGGGAAGUUCCGCGCUCGCGGCGCCGUCGCAGCCACAUUUGCUGGCGGUAUUCUCGCGGGCGACCACUUUAGGGGAUAGUCUCGCUUCCUCUAGAUUCCGCGUGACUAGCACCAGACGCGUUGUGACAUACGUGCGACAGUGUUCCUGGCACUGUUUUAUAGGACAGCGUACUACUUGGAAUUCUGUCAAGAACGAUGUCGCCAGCACGUAGACGCCCGCACAUCCGGUGCUAGUCAGCUAGCGAUGCGAAACCUCGCGAAAGUGUCCCCGAAUGUGUUCUGCUUAGGAGCAGCGGGGUAUGAAGAUCGUACUCCGCCAUAAAGGUGCACAGGCUGUGGGCUCCUUUGUUGUCUAUUGACUGCACGCGACAAAAUGUGAACUUUGGCUACUGGCAAUUUCUGUACCCCAAAGUCUAUGAAAUACUUAGCUGAACAAUCGUCCGCUAUUGGAGCUAAAAGCUUCUAACUAGGCCAGUGCUCCCGAUGAACAUCCGCGUAGAAGGUCUUAGCCUCGUUACUAAGGGUCCUGCAGUCUGCGGGCCUUCACGAUAUACGUUAGGAACGCUGCCCCCUACCGCUCUAUAGCGUUUGUUUUUGCUCUUCUUUCUCUUUCUGUAUCUCUGUAUCCCCCUUCGACUCUCUGUCGCUUUUUAUCCUCCUACUCCUCCCUCUCCGUGCAGGGUAGCCAACCGGAACUACUUCUGGUUGACCUCCCUGUCUUUGUAUGCAUCCGCUCUCUCUCUCUCUCUAGCGGAGGACUGUUUAGAAUCGAAGAAAACGAAACAACAAAUGGAAGCCCUCACUUUCUUUAAUUCUCGUCUCUAUAUAAUGCACCUUGUCCUUCAAAGCAAGCUAAACAAAUUACUUACAGGUACUGCUCAUUGUGACAGUGCCACACAAUCGCCUCCGUUUCGGCAUGCUCACGUUUCCUAACUCCCUAUAUGAUCCAUUAGUAUUUAUUCAUUAACAACUACUCCGUUUUCUUUUUCUUUUCUUUUUUUCCAUUGUAAACAUCGCCACGUGUUUUUGAUGGCAGAGGGAAGGACCUCGUGGUGUACUUACUUUAAUUGUUCAGUACGGUCACCUUACCUCACCGUCCACAAAACUGAUUCCUAGUUGUGUAAAGAAUUUACUCUAUACAGCAUCGUGCACCGCAAUGAAAGAGACCUAUCCUGUACAGUGAAUGUAAAAAAAAAAAGUUAGCCUGUUUCUCUUUAGAUUUAAAGUGUGGCACAUCUUUCUCACUGCACAGUUGUUACAUUGUGAGAAUAUAUCUUUCUAACAUCGCCGCCAAGUGUGUUGACGACCGCACGUGAGUGGAUUACUGUGUCGCCGUUGUGAACGUCCUCUUUCCUCAUAUAGUAUUGCGUUGUCAUCAAUUGUACAUACCGCAUAGAUAUACGAUAGUGUUUUGUGAAACGACGACAAGCUCAACUCAGGCCGUGCCACUGAACCAUACGUAUGCAUGCUGGAAAGUAUCUUUGUCGUUACCGUUUGCAUAAUGCUAACUACUGUUCGUUCCCGCUCGUUAAAUCCGACACGCCAUUCGUCGUGUAGUUUGAACUACCACCGCAUAAAGUGUUGUGAAAAUUAUGUGUAUGUGGAACCAACUAUAUCGAUGUAAAAAAUAAAGAACUGCGUAGACUA